AAUAUAUGAAUUGAUUAUUACAUUUUGAAAAUCAUUAGUCAAGCGAUCAUCAGAUUAGGCGUUAGAUUUGAUUAUUGCAUUCAAACAGUUGUUGUGUCGACAGACAGACUGACACACAGACAGAGUGACACUCUUGAGAUUAUCACCAGAAAUAACAACUCAUUGAAUAACAACUCUUGAUUUAGUUGUGUGUUUCAACAAUAAAUCAAUUGAUUCAUUCAUUCAUUUAGUGGUCAAUCAAUUGAAUGGUUUGAAGUGUUAAUUUGAUUUGAUUGACAAUGAAUUACAUGAAGUCAUUCUUCAGCAAUUUUAAAGAGUUUUACAAUGAGAUCAACUCAGCGACACUGACCGGUGCUAUAGAUGUUAUUGUUGUUGAACAGGCAGAUGGCACAUACAGGUGCUCACCAUUUCACGUACGCUUCGGUAAAAUUGGUGUACUCAGGAGUCGCGAAAAAAUGGUCGAUAUUGAAGUUAAUGGACAACCGGUUGAUCUGCACAUGAAAUUAGGCCAUUCGGGCGAAGCUUUCUUUUUUGAAGAGAUUAUCGAAGAGGAGCCGAAAGAGCCAAAGACAUUGAGAGAGUCGGCGCCGUCGCCCACCUCUGAUGACAAUGAGAACGGUUGGCUUUCCGAUACAUACUUGUCCUCCGGUAGUGAUGCCGACAUUGAUGAGAACGCACAGCCAAACGGCGAGAUGAAGGAUGCGAGCGAACAAAAAGAUAAAAAACAAAAGACUAAAUACAAGAGAAAGUUACGAUUAUCGACGCAACAGAUCGAAGAUUUGAAUCUAAAAGAUGAUAAAAACGAAGUGGUAUUUAGUGUGACGACAGCCUAUCAGGGAACCACUACUUGCAAGUGUUAUAUAUAUAAAUGGAGAUUCGAUGACCAGAUUGUCAUCAGUGAUAUCGACGGCACAAUUACUAAGUCUGACGUUUUGGGUCACAUACUGCCCAUUAUUGGCAAAGACUGGGCUCAAGCGGGUGUCGCCAAUCUGUUUACUUUGAUUAAGAAAAACGGCUAUAAAUUAUUAUACCUCUCGGCCCGAGCCAUUGGUCAGGCAACCGGUACUCUAGACUAUCUUAAAAGUAUACGACAGGGUGACUGUGUAUUACCCGACGGGCCGCUACUACUUUCCCCCACCUCAUUGAUUGCUGCACUUCAUAGGGAAGUGAUUGAGAAAAAGCCCGAAGAAUUCAAAAUUCAAUGUCUUCAAGAUAUUAGUGAUCUCUUUUCUCUUUCACCAUUUUAUGCCGGAUUUGGUAACAAAGUUAAUGAUGCCUGGGCUUAUCGUGCAGUAGAUAUACGGCCGUCCCGUAUAUUUACAAUCAAUCAUAAGGGAGAACUCAAAUUGGAGUUAAUCCAAAACUUUCAAUCUUCUUACACAUCGCUGAGCGAUUUGGUCGACCAAAUGUUUCCACCCCUUCAUUCCGAUCAAACCGACUAUUGCACCGAAUAUAAUAUGUUUGAGUACUGGCGGGAAGCCAUACCUGAGAUUGACGAUAGCGAUGAUCUGUUAAUUAGUUUAAACAAAGCAAACAUUAGCCAAAAGUUAGUCAAUGGCAAGAGUGAGCCCACAAAUCGCAAAAAAGCUAAAUAAUUGUAAUUUUAAAGAUAAAUUGAUUUACUCUUUUUAUUUUAUUAGUAUAUUAUACAUAUAAUAUUAUUAAUAAUACCCUAAUUAUACAUUUGUAGAAUAUAUAGAUAGUAAUUAUAUAUAUAUAUAUAUAGUGUCAUUUUAUCAUUAUUUUAUUUUUUU